AGGGACUCGACAUGAGUCCAGGAUUUCGCACAUUUAUGAAACAGGCGAGAAUAUUCAAAUUUGAGAUGGCAGCACGAUACAAUCUAUCGAUAUGUUGCCAUCAACUGACGUAUCUGUCAGCCACAGACCCUUGCCAAUGCUUCCCUUUUCGACAGGUCUUAAAUAAAAACGAUCGUUCUCAUUGAUUCGUAUUCAAUGAACUUGAAAGAUUCUAAUGUUACAUGAUGACCAUGAUAUUACUUUUUUCUCAUUGACCCUCAAUAUUUGUAGUCAUACCUUUCCAAAAUCAUGUAUCUCAUUGCUUCGUAAUUAACUUUGCUCGUCCAUUUCAACAUUUCACUAUCCUCGAACUCGAAAGCUUUUUUAAAAUAAGUUUUUACAUCGAGCUGAAAAAGUUCGUGGGGAUGAAAUUGGUUGUUAAGAGCAACCCCAUUUUCGUACACCCCUGCUCGCAGUUCACAGUAGUCAACACCGCGGGGAGCGCAAAGAAACGCGAAAAAAUCGAAACUCUCUCAUGUACAGGAUUAAACGUUGUUGCUAAGCACUUAAAAAUGACCAGAGUCGUGUAAAAAUGACUGUAACUCCUUGUAAUAUUGAAUUUAUAAGGAUAUUCGGUGAAAUAUCGUUGGCACAACGGUGUUUGACAAGUGAAUUCGGUGUGCCAACAGUUUGAAAAAUGGCCGCUCAAAAACAUAUGACAAAGGAUAAAGUGCUCUGGUUCUUCGGUACAAGUAUUUCGACAUUUGAUUGUUGAAAAAUUGUCAGAAUUUGAAUUCAUCAGAGUAAAGAGCCAUGAAUACGAAUGGAGAAUGGGGUCAAUUGCUUCGGUGCUACAGUGGCAUUGUUCAAAGUGUUCUCUCAUAAACCCGACUGAGAGCGUGAGCUGCGCCAGGUGCGGGGAACCUCGUAGGGAAACCGAGAAUAAAACUCCAAAUCUUCAGACUACCCCUAAUACAAAUGUCCACCAUAAAAAUAAUACCAGUUCUGCGGACUCUACGCCUCCAACGCCGCCGCCACGACUCAAUUUUACGAAUCAGCUGAAGGAUCCCCCUAAAUCCAGCUUUCCAUUCCCCCCCAAAGCAUUGUUAUUCACCGUAAGAAAUAAUACCUCCGCUUACAGGACAACUCCCGGGUCAGCAAGGUCAAGCAAAAUAUGUCGGCGCAACUCUUGGUCUGGAAACUCAAAUAGUCCAGAGCAAUUGAAACAUGGUUUAUCGCUACCAUCUCUCUCAAUUUGUUGGACUUGUAUCAGAUGCUUACAACUGAAUAACCAAAGCGCUUUGCCCAACUGCAUUGCCUGUGGAACAAUUUCUCUACCAAUAUCCAAUCAAGAAGGCCAUAUUUGGACACGCAAAGCAAAAAGACCUGGAGUUCGCAAACUCAAAAGUCUACAGCUUGAAGAGGUUGCAGCCCGGGGACCCACUGAUUGUAUUUUAAAUGCAGCCCCUAGUGCAAUCGCAUCUCCUAUCAAUUUGGAUAAAGCUAAUCUAGAAAUGGCACAGCUGAGCAGCCUCGGGCGUAACGAGCGAACAAGGUCUAACCGUGAGAGCUGGACUUUACCACCUGUGGAGACCAUGGAUCCACCACCUAUUGCCUAUUCCGAUAGCGUUGAUACUUCACAACGUUCACCAAAACGCCAUAGUCCUUCAGUGUAUGAACGUGUGAAGUCCAAAGUAAGCCGUUCCUUGUCAAACGGUUCAGUUGUUCAAAAGUUAUCAGAGGCUGCAAUCCAGAGACCAACUAGUCUUAUCGUCUCGGAGGUACAGCAAGAUGAUGUUCUCUGGAGCUGUGACAAUUGCACUCUAAAUAACGCACCUGGAUUGGAACAGUGUGAGGCCUGUGAAGCACCUAGAAGCCCUGCCCCUUGUAGUGGCGUUGUUAUCAGUGUGCCAGCGUGGGAACCUAGAGCCCUCUCAUCAGCAGGUCCUCCAACGUAUAGGAGAUCAUUUUCAGAGGUUGAUUCGGUGACCAAUAUACUUCAACGCAAAGCAGCAAAUCGACGUAGUCUAAAUGAUGAAGAACCUCCGGCUGUACCUCCGCAUUCGAUUGGCUUCAAUUCUAAACCAAAAUAUUCUUAUAUCGGGAUAUCAGAUCCAGACACACCACCACCAUUACCACGAAAGCAAAAUAGUAAAUUGGGCGUUGCAGCCACAAAGCCGGUCAGUGAAUCUACGAGUCCAGCUGGUGAGGCUGCAGAAGCCGCACCUCUUAAACGAAUGUGGACUUGUCGGAAAUGUUCCUAUGCUUACAAUCCUCUUUGGUCCGCUGGCUGCGAUAUCUGUUCUUCAUCAAGAUCUCCUCCAUCAUUGGCACAACCGAGUUUAAUUACUGUGACCAAUGACGGAUCCAGUUGCAGAUCCCAAGCCUCCUCUCCCAUUAUCGUUUCACGGGAUAGCGUGAGAUACACCCCACCAAAAUCCGCUACUUUAGCUACAGCUGAAUCUGAUCUCGAUGAUCUGAUUGAACUGCCUUCACCUGCCUGGACUUGCAAAAAAUGUACGUUGUUGAAUGCAGCAACCAGAACAACUUGCGAAGCUUGUGCAGGAUCAAAACUCAAAAGCGUUAGUCACCUUGAUGAUCCAACUCUAAGAAAAGGAGAAAGCUGGGUCUGCCCAUCAUGUACUUUGCGAAAUCCAUUGACUGCACAGAGCUGUAAUGCUUGUAAAACGUUCGUUGACUUCCUCGAAGUACCAAGAGACAACAGAGUUUUGGGACAAAGAAGCCCCAGUCCUAGGUUGACAUGUCCUCCUGCAGUAAAUUCAAGAGCUGUCACGCCCAGACAUAGAAACUCUGUACGUCGAAAUGGCUCUGGAGCAGGAGAGAAAAGACAAUCUAGGACCAAAGAAAUCAAUCAUGCACAGGUGAAUUGGCAAUGUAAGUUGUGCACCUACGAGAACAAAAGUACGAAUGGAAGUUGCGAAAUGUGCCAAAGUUCCAAGACUCUUUCUCAAAUCCCAGGAGACCGACUCAGGCUAGGAGAACCUGGAACAAGUACUCUCAGAAUCCAGAGGCAAGAGAGUGUUGUUAUGGAAAAUUUGCGCCAAAUCGAAGAGAGGGAAGCCUUAGAAAAGUGGGAACGAAUCGUUCGAUAUUGCAAAGAGACCAACGAACCAUUUGUUGAUGACUCUUUUCCGCCUGCUCCAAAAUCGCUGUACUACAAUCCUGCAGAAACUAAAGACAACCAUGUUGUUCAAUGGCGAAGACCACAUCAAAUAAACGUUGACUCUGGUGUUGAUUCAAAGUUACCAUGGGCGGUCUUUAGGACCCCUUUACCUUCUGAUAUUUCUCAAGGUGUUCUGGGAAACUGUUGGCUUUUAUCUGCAUUGGCCGUUUUAGCAGAGAGUGACGAACUGGUCAGAAGAGUUCUAGUUAUGAAAGAAACUUGUCCAGAAGGGGCAUACCAAGUCAGAUUGUGCAAGGACGGUAAAUGGACAACUGUACUUGUCGACGAUCUGCUUCCCUGUGAUAAAAGAGGACAUCUAGUUUACUCCCAGGCAAAGAGAAAACAGCUGUGGGUACCUUUAAUUGAGAAGGCAGUAGCUAAGAUUCACGGAUGUUACGAAGCAUUAGUUUCCGGUCGAGCCAUCGAAGGUUUGGCUACUUUGACAGGUGCACCUUGCGAAAGUGUCCCACUACAGCCUUCGGCAUUACCUAGUGAAGAUGAAUUGGAUAAAGAUUUAAUUUGGGCACAGCUACUAUCUUCUAGGCAAGCUAUGUUCUUAAUGGGUGCAAGCUGCGGGGGUGGAAAUAUGAAAGUCGAUGAAGAAGAGUAUCAGCGAAAGGGUCUGCGUCCGAGACACGCAUAUUCUGUUCUGGAUGUAAGGGAUGUCCAAGGCAUAAGACUGCUGAGAUUACGUAAUCCAUGGGGUCACUAUAGUUGGAAAGGAGAUUGGUCAGAUGACAGUCCGAUCUGGACUGCACAGCUUCGUGAAAUGCUUAUGCCUCAUGGUGCAUCGGAUGGUGUUUUUUGGAUAUCAUUUGACGAUGUUCUGAAAUACUUUGAUUGCAUUGACAUCUGUAAAACAAGAGUUGGCUGGAGUGAAGUUCGUCUGCGGGGUACACUACCACCAUUGUCAUCACUAAGGCAUUUGUCAUGUGUGCUACUGACUGUGUUGGAGCCAACUGAAACAGAAUUCACAUUGUUUCAAGAAGGACAAAGGAAUUCCGAGAAAUCUCAGCGUUCGCAAUUGGAUCUCUGCGUAGUAGUAUUUCGAACCAGGUCACCAGCAGCACCAGAAGUUGGUCGAUUAGUAGAGCACAGUAAACGACAAGUUCGUGGAUUUGUUGGUUGUCAUAAAAUGCUGGAAAGAGAUCUGUACAUCGUAGUGUGCCUUGCUUUUAAUCACUGGCAUACAGGUAUGGAAGAUACGUCAAGUUACCCAGAAUAUGUACUUGCAAUUCACAGUUCAAAAAGGCUCUUGGUAGAGCAAAUUUCACCUCCGGCAUUCGUCUUAGCCGAUGCCAUCAUUAGCUUAACACUGGCCAAAGGACAGCGGCAUGAGGGCAGGGAAGGUAUGACCGCCUAUUACUUGACUAAAGGUUGGGCAGGGUUGGUUGUAAUGGUGGAAAAUCGCCAUGUGAAUAAGUGGAUACAUGUGAAAUGUGAUUGUCAUGAGAGUUACAACGUAGUUUCUACCAGAGGACAACUCAGAACUGCCGACAGUGUACCUCCAUUACAUAGACAAGUAAUUAUUGUUUUGACACAACUAGAAGGCAGUGGUGGAUUUUCAAUAGCUCAUCGGCUAACGCAUAGAUUAGCCAAUAGUGGAAACUUACAUGACUGGGGUCCACCUGAUACUCAGCACUGUCCACCCAUAGACACUCAAGUCGAAGGUUUACACAGCCCACGUUUGAUAACGUGAGCCUACAGCACCACCUGAAUAUGAGAUGCAUUUCUUCAGCAUUUAGUGUGAAAAUUGUGAUUGUGAAUAAUGUAUUUCUAAAGUCUAACGAACUUUCUCAAAAACAAAAAACACAAAAAUAAAACAACUUUAGAUUGGGAAAAUUGCUUUAAUUCGCGGGAGUGUGCAAAUAUGCGUACCGUAUGAAGCAUUCAAGAAUAUUUCUGUCGUACAAAACAAAUUGUAAAUUUACGUAAUCGGAAUUUUUAGAACAUGGAAUUUCGAAUGCAUUAUAAGUAGCUUAUUUUUCAUUAUGUACUAAUUGAUUUUUGACUGAAACAUGUUAGGAUAAGCUCUUGUACGUGUUAUACACUUUAGGGUGGCUCCAAAAUGACAUAAUUUUUGAUCAUAAUAAUUCUAAUCUUAUGCGACCACAACAUUUCAUACGGAAAGAUCAUGAUGGUUUUUUCUUUUUUAUUCAUAUACUUUCAUGCUAGCUCUAUUUAUGACGGAUUCGUGCAUCGUACAAAUCUGUUUCGGAAGAAAAAAAAUACUAUUUGCACACUUCGCUUUCAACCAUGAAUGAAAAUAAUAGUAUAAAAUGCGGCUUACAAUCAUACAUGUGACAUUGUGAUGAAACGUAUUUGAAUUUUCAGAUGUGCAGUCUUGUACCGAAACCUCUAUUCAAUACAUUUGAUGAUCGUAAAAUCGAUAUUUGUAAGCUGUAAGAUAUACUCAUUUUCUUUUAUUCAUUCGAUUUAAUAAUUACCCUAAACUUCUGCGAUAAUUAUUAAACAUAGGUACUAUAUAUUAUAAUGAACAGGAACCAAAGGCUCUCAAUGUCCCAAUGUGCUCAGUGCAAGACAUAAUACAAUAACUAACAAUAUUAGUAUAUUACAAUUUAAAGAAUUAAAGGUUUUAAUAUAUUUUCCUUUCCAAAAGAGGCUGUUGUUCAUUUAUUGACGUUCCAUUUAUAAAAAUUCGAAGACAAAACUUGAAUGUUUGUGUCUAUAUUAGAUACUUUUGAUGAAAUGAGAGUGGGCCAUACAAGGAUUUUGAAGAAAAGAAUGAGCAAAAAAAUGAAUAAAAAAAUUACAUAUUUAAGAGGUAAUAUGAAAUAAGGUGAACUUAUUUUGCUUGCCAUAUGAAAAAUAAUUAUUUUCUCAAUGAUAAUGUUUAAAACACUAACAUGACUAGAUUUAAAGACAUAAAAGUUUAAAUGGUACUACACUAUAAAUAUUUAGAGUGAAGUAGAGGAGUGUGAUCAAUAAUUAUUGUGUAUGUCUAUUUCGGAAUUGCAUAGAAUUAAGCAAUUUCGACUUUUUUUUCAAAUAAUAGCUCCUACCAUGUACGAUUUCUAUUAUAUGAAAGCUGAAAUACUUAAUGACAUUCUACAAUGAGGAUGUUGAAUUAUCGUUUACCCAAAGAUUGGAAAAUGAAACCCGACAAGAGUUGAUAACUUUCAUUCAAUGUUCGGACAACGCUAUCUUUGAUUAGCUUCGAAACACAUCAACCUUCUCUAGUCAAUUCGAAAUAUGAUCACCCUGUGUAAGUAGACUCGACUAGAAUAGGAACGCAUCAACUUUUAUCUGCUAAAAAUUCAUGAAUUUGCAGAUAACUUACAGAGUUGAACAAUUUUGUCUGAAUCAGAUCAUACAGAGGCUCAGUUAUAAAAUACCACCUACAUCAAAAUCAAUGGUCAGAAUAGUGAACAUUAUAACAAAUAUUAUUUGCACAUGGUUUGCCUUUCAUAGUAUGUCAAAUUGCCAAUUGGUAAAAGCAUCUCUAGCAUUCUCUAUACCAUAGCAAGAACUAGUUUUAUCCACUCCUCAAGGAAAAAUGGGUCCCUCAACAAUUCAAUUCGGACCUCUUUGAUGUUCCAAUUGCUGCAAUCUAUCUGAAUAAAAGUUGAGACAAUAUAUUGAUGCAGAUAUACCCAAUAAUCAAGAAGACAAAGGUUCGUCAGUUUUCAAAAAGUAAACAAAUGAAACCUUCGCGAUCUUCAAAAUUUCGCAUGCAGAUUAAAAAAAUCAUUGAAAGUUAAUUUUAUAACCGAACGAGUAGCCUAUAGCUGUUGAUCAUGAGGUUUAAAUUUCUCACUCGGCACAUUGAUAGAAAACAAAAAGAGCAGAGAGUAUGAUUAAAUUAAGCAAUUUUAAAUAUUGUAGAUUUUUACCAGCAGACCUGUAGUUUGUUGUAGUAGUUUCUGAAUUGAGUGGCCUUCAUUUUCAAUAAAAUUCAAUUGAAAAAUUAAAAAAAAAAAAUUAUAAUAUGUAAAGUAAACUAGUAGGGAAAAAGUGUACGAAGUAAAUUACAAUACCGACUUCAAUGCGAAAGGCAGAUGCUGUUGUAGACAGGAAACUUGUAACUUAAUUCUUGACUCGAAGAAAAAUACCAAUGUUCUUCGAUUGAAAGUUGAUAUAAUUUUUAUUCUUCAUAAAAUUUAACAGCCUGCACAGCAUAUUCUACUUAUAAUGUGAAAAGCUGACCAUUGGUGCCAUAUUAUUCAUAAUUAUUUGGAACCCCUGUCUGAAGAAUAGUGUUUAUGUAGUAAAAUUGAACUGAGAAAUAUAAGCUGUAUAGUUUUCAAAAAUUUGUUCCGGGGAAGUUAAAAAAGGACUGAAAAGAAACAGCGACGACAAACGACCAAGCAUGAAUAUAGAAAUCAGCAGGAAAUGGAAUAAAUUUUUUUUCACGAUUUGAAAACAUCCGCUGACAAGAAUAAUCUAUUGAUCUUACAUAAUAACUGACCUACCCAACCACCGUGAGGUAAUUAAUGCGUGCAUCGAAAUAUUUCAGCUGAUUGCAUGGGAUUUGAAAAUUUCAUUUUUUAGAAAAAAAUUAUAUAUAGGUACGUAUAAAUGAAUCUUUUGUAUUUGAAGGGAAUUCAUUUCUCUCCCCCGCACACCGCUUAUUUUUAAGUUGAAAUUUUUUUGCACGAGCUUAACCGUCGCUGUCGCAGCGUUAAACUAUAUAUAUGGUAACGAAGUGAAUAAUUAUGUAAUAAAAUUAGUACUAUAUUUAAAUGAAUAUGUGGUGGUAGCCUGUGCUGAAAAUUCUAUAUUUUUAUUCGAAUAAUUACGAAUUGUACUAAAAGUUUGAUUAUUCCUCCCGCAGGAUCAGGAGUUAUUAAACACACAGGGUAGAAAAUUCAAUUAGAAAAAUAUAUAAGAGCAACAAAAAUUAGCUUAUGAAUAAAAUAAUAACGUAGUUGUAGCACGUAUAACGUACUGAUUUUGUUUCAAAAAUAAAAUUAAUCGCCGAGUGAAAUAUAAGAAUUUUUUUUUGCAUUGGGCACCACUACAAUAUACUUAGGUACAUAUAUAGAUAUUAAUAAUAUGUGGAGAAGUGUCUCAUUGUAUUUCUAUAUCAUAGAUUAUAUAAUGUUACGACUUAGGAUUGUCAUUUCAUGGUCAUCGCGCAAAUUAAUUAAAUAAAUAUUUCACAAGUGCAGGUCAUUUAAUUUUGAAAAUUUUUAAUGUUUUUUUUUCACUAAAUAUGUUCGCCUCUUAAUUCUUAUUGUAAACCAAAGACAAUAUAAUAUUUUCUAUUUUACGUCGUUGUGAUAUGGCCUAAUAUAGGUAUGUGCUUGAUGUGACUUUUUUAUCGCACUUCAUAUGCGGCUAUCAUUCGUAUUUUCUUCAUUUAAAUGCUAAAUUUUCAACUUGAGAUUGUCAUGCAUUUUUCAAAAAUCAAUAUUCGACUCUGAGUCAUUAUACAUACAGAGUAUGUGUUGCGUUAUCCAGAAAAUCAACCACCACCUCGUUAUAUUGUGUGAUAAAAAAACAGAUGAAAAAAAAUAUAUAUUUAAUACGUAAUCGAUGCAUGAUAUAAAGGGUGUUUUAAAAAUUGUCGGUGCUAACCGUGAUGGAUUACUCGUAUUAUCAUAAAAUUGUUUUUGUGCGAAUAAUUUUAAUAUAUUUUCAAAAAUUGAAUAACAAAAUGUGUAAUUGAAUCGAAACGUAAGAAAAACUUUCAAAUUGUUUGUAUAAUUUUUUGUAUGAUAACUCUUUGUAUUCAGCGAAAAACCAUGUGUUUGCAAAAGGUCUUUUUAGCAUACAUGCGUUUAUUAUUACGAAAAAAAAAUUUGAUAUAUUCUACGAGUACGAUACUUCCCUCGAGUAGCGCCAGAAUUUCGAAAACAUUCGGUAUACAAAACAAGAGAUAAUUAAUAAUUUUCGACCAAAAUGUUAUUGUGCGCUAAAAUGAAGGGCGCAAGUUCUACUAAAAAAUACGGCAUAUACCUUUGAAUAUAAAUAACGUAUUGAUGUAUACAUACAGUGCGUAGAGACAUUGCUAUCUACAUAGACACUCAAUGCACCUCUUAUCCUGUUGGACCAGCGAUCAACUUUGCAAUAGUCUGCGUACCGAUUUGACGAGCGUCAUUGUUGUAAUUUCAUCAGCUGUGAAAAAGUGUACAAUUAUUACAAAUAACACGUGAGCAUAUGAAAAACUGUAUAUCAACUAUGUGUAUAUUACUAUGCUAUAUAAAAUAUAAAAAUUGUGUUUUUCUUUCAUUUGUAUCAUGUAGACGCGUUUCAUAAUAAAUUUAAAUAUUAUCUACCAAA